AUGACGUCUGUGGCAAGCACCCGGUAUCGAGCAAGUGGGCUGCGCGGCUCCGUUGUGACUGAGACGAAUCCAGAGGUGAGCAGACUGGGAACGCCCAAAGAGCUCACCGCCCCCGUUCUCAUCGAGCGUGGCAAAACCAGGGAGCACAAGAUGAGCGCAGUGAUGAAAAAGUGUGGCGCGAGCAGCGCACAGAACGCAUCGCAGCUGUUGGAGGAGGAAGUGCACAAUGCAUGUCGCCCGCCGGACACCUUCGUCGACUUAGACGGCAGUGACUCCGAUGCCCAGUCAGGUGAGAAGACGGACCCCACCAGUGCCUUUAUGAACGAUGGCAGUGAUUCAUCUGGCUCGUGCUACGCUUCUUUUUACACCUCCAAAGGUGAUGACACGGACACCACCUUGGACGACACGCCGUUGCCGUCGUAUGGGGGGUAUGAGGAGAGUAACGAAGAGAGCGAGGAAGCCGAGGAGGGCGAGGCGAUUAUCGGCAACGGGGCGUCAUGCAUCAACCGCAACAGCUUCUCCAGCACAGACACGAGGAGGAAUCUUAGCGUUAUGUUUGACAUUAGCCGCAAUAGCGUCUCUCCAGAACAGCGAAGUAACAUCAAGGGCUCCUCUAUGAGUGCUCUGCCGUCGGUCAUGAUUUCCGGCGCGCCAAGCUCGCGCAGAAAGGACGCCGCCUUGCUUUUGACUGGCGCCUCUGACAAGUCGCGGCGCACCCGCGGCAUCGCUGUCUCGAUGACGAUGCCGCCGAACACCACGACGACGGCGUUGAACCCGAAUAUGAGCGUGUCUUUUGUGUUAUCCGGCUCCGGCACCUUCAGCAGUGGGACGCCGGCACCACCCACAGAUCCGCCGGUGGACUUGAACAAGCAUGAGAGCGGCAUCGCUGACACCAGGCACCCACAGUCAUCGGAGCAGAACCAUUCCAUGACGUUCUCGCAGAUGUGUUUUUCGUGUGGCUCCGAAGCGCAUAAAGCGGAAGCUCGGGGGCCCCUCUACGACGACCAUGGCUACGACGGAAGCAACCGCGAACUGCCUACAUUGGCCUGGGGUGACGGAAAGAGGCACUGGACGGUAAGCAUGAUGCAAAUGGAGACGAUGCUGCCACGUCACACGCAUUCAAACCGCGUCAGCCGCAACAAGGACUCCGUCGCCGGCGACACCUUUGGCUUUUGGUCGAGCGAUGACGAGAAGAGUGAGGAUGCCAUCUCAGCACAGCCGUCCAUCAGCAAGAUGGAUAUCACCUUUCCGUCCCUCCUGAGGUACUCAUAUGCGCGUUCGCCCGGCACCAUCUCAGGAGAGACUCGAAGCGCAUCUAGCGGAACGAAGCACGGUGACAAGCAGCUGAAGAUGCCUACUGACGAAAGCCACGAAGGCAGAAGAGACCGCAGCAGCAAUUUCACCGGUCAUCUGCCGCGCAGCUCUUUGUUUUUUCACGCACACACCCGCAAUGGCGGCAGUCCGCCACGUGAAGCCGUCCUCUCCGGUAAGGCGCUCUCCCCCAACGCCAUUGUUCGGGUGCUUCGGGGCAGCUUCGACAACCGUGACGUCAGCCUUGAUAGUCGCUUCCUUGACAUCGACCCUCAUCACAGGGGCGGGUCGACUAGCAUGGAGGCCAAAGGGCCUUCGCGGCAGCUACCGGCGUCCUCGAGGCACGCGGUGGCUGCAGAUGGUGCAGUCGAUAGACACGUCGCAAGCACAGCGAGAGCGAGCGACAGCGAAACCUCGUCGGGCCGCCGUGUUGAGGGGUCGGUGCGUCGCCGACUGUCUGGCAGUGCGAUUCGGAGCAUCUCUAGAGGGACCUCUUUCCGACAUCCGCGUGAAUCUUUCUCCGUGGACCGGUCGCUCAGCUCUGGUCAAGUGCAUAGUUUAGGCCAUGUGCCAUCGAAGCAGGCGCUCGUCGGUGUGUGGCGACUGCUGAGCUUCCGCGAGCAGGAUGGCACGCCGCUCACGAACGUCGAGCACGUGCCACACAAGCAAACAUCAAAGAAAAAGCGUAGCAAGGACAAGAAGAGGCACAAGAGGCACGGAAAGCAGCACAGGCCACACCACGCCGCUGAGGGUGGUCACGUGGGCAUCAACGCAGAAAGGAGUGAAGAUGUCGGUGAUGACGCUAACAAGGGUGAUGGCGCCAACAUCAACGCGGCACGAAUGUGCAAGGAGAGGGAUGCAAUGCGCUCGCCGGCUCGAUUGGCCGACGUGAACGCCGCUGACGACGCACUAGCUGAAUGUCCCACCGGCGUGACUUGCUAUCGUCCUAGUUCCCCUUCUGGAUCGGGCAGGACCGCUGAGAAACAAGGAGGUCUCCAAGGUAGUGUGGAGGCAAACGGCCAGCCUCUUGACCGGCAGCAGGCGGCACUGCAAGGCCCGUCCAUGGGGGCUUCACCCACGCGAAAAGGUGCACACCCUGCCGCGGAUAACCUGAAGAUCCGAGUGCUUCCCUCCAGGACACCUCCCCGCACUGUCUUUGCGACACCUGACAUCCUCACCGCUCCGCAGUCGCACAAUGCAUCAGCGGAAAAGUUAGCCGACGCUGCCACAAAUGCCCAUGUGGCCCAGCACCUCGGUGCCGGCGUUGUGCACGCCGUGGAGAGUGCGAGCGUCGAUGCAGCUCAGAAACCCGACCGCUUCGAGAAUUUUGAGGAGCCACCGAUAGAGAGUCCAUCCGCGACGGUGCGCCGCGUGACAGUACACUCAGGGAAUUCGAAGCUGUUAACGAACCAUGUUCGCGGGUGUAAUACAAGCAGCGACUCCGACGGCGGUGCGCGGCGGCUUCGAGCAGCGCCAUCCACGCAAGUGCGGCUGUCCGUAUUGCCUCCAAAAGGACGCCUCCCGAUUCGCUUGUACGACGACUUGGCUGCUCCCAACGGUGAAGCGUCGCUGCGGUCCCCAACCCGUCCACUCGAAGGACUGCCACCCCUGUAG